UGAUAGUAAGUUAGUUGUAGUUAUCUACCACGUCUUUACACAGUCAGUUGCAGCUUGCUUUGGUCUGUAGCUGUUCCGCUGGAAAGCCAUCCUGCCUUCAGCAGUUCAGCUAGCCUUCUUUUUUUUUUUAUGUACUAGUAGUACAUGUAGUACAGCUCUGAGUUUAGCCGAAGUGGCAUAAGAGAUUUUGAAUUUGUUGACGUUAGAAAUGAAAGAAUAGAGCUGCUUGCAGCAGAAGCCCCUGUUCAUCAUACUUCCUUUCAUCUUGUUUUGCUUGAUGGCGAUGGAUGAUCUUGUGGAGUCAAUCCUAGCUUCAGAACAUUCUGAAUCACUCAAGUAUGAACUUUUGAAGAGAGCAAUCGAAGCUGACACUGGAAGGCUUGACAAAGGUGCAAGUAGUUCGUUGAUAAGUUCUGCUAUUUCCUGGUCACUGGACGAGGACUCGAGGGUUCACCGGGCAUUUGGUCGAAGCCUGAUUUCUCAUGCGGGAAAAAGGUACUUGCCAGCUCUACGGAGCGCUGUGAAUGGCUGUUUGGUGGAAUAUCUGAGCGCACAGCCUACCGAAGCACUUUUCGACACUGUUCAGUGUGUAGUGGACGCUGUUCCAAUGGACGAUCGGCAUUUGGUGUGCGCCAAAGUGAAGAAUGCUGUAUGUACGUGGCUGUCAGCUGCAGACGUCAUCAUAACCUCUGUAUCAGUAUUGGCCAAGAUGGCGAGGUUACUUACUGACCACCCCCUUUGUUUACCAAGUUCAACUGUUGUUCCAACAAGUAUAGUUAGCCGCAAGUUUUUAAUAUAUCUUGCACACUGCACUUGGUCACAACCCGAUGCCAAUGCUAGAGGCUCUAGACAGUCCAGUGCUGCCAGGCUCUCUCCGCCGUUUGCUGACAUGAAAUCUAUUUCAAAAUGUCUGGCAAUGCUAUGGUCGCGGAAUGCAGAUGUAGUUGUUGUCAACCUGAAGACAAUUCUCAGUGCGAUAUCUAACGAUGGUUUGCCUUUGGUGCCAUCAUUCUGCGGCAGCCGUGACGGUGAGCUGCGUGGAUGCUACCUUGCGCUAGCACUGUGCACGCUGCCUCGUUCGCAAGUGACGAAUGCAUGUCGAUGUGCUAUUUUCGACAGCAACUUGACUGCUAAAAGCCUCACAACAUGCCUUGGAACGUUGAUGGAUUGGCUGUUGAUUCUUCCUGUGGAUGGUCUACAUUACUGGCUGACUGAGUUCAUGGAGGGAUUGUUAGCGAAAAAAGAGUUUAUGUCCUUGCUGUCCGUCCUUUUACCCCGUCUUGAAAAUCUAUUUGCAUCACUUCGCCAGUCCAUGUGUCGCGCUGAAGUAUUCCCUGUUCUACGGCAUAUCCUACUUGGUGUGCAGCAUGCUCCCAUUUGCUUCGUUAAGGUGCUACCAAGUGUAGCUGGUGUCCUUGCACAGCUUGAAGAAGAAGGAACGCCUCAGUCCAUGAAGCUUCUCACGGAGCUUUCCCACAUCUUCAGAGUCUUAGUGCAGCAUUUUGGCAAUGUGCAAGUCUCCGAUGAGGUUCUACGAUGCAUCAAUAGGUACGACACAUCAAGUGCGGAAACAUUGACGACGCGUUUCAAGGCCAACUCCUGGAGUAUACUGGGAGCUCUCAAGCGAUCCCACCAGCAAGAAAAUGGUGGAAAACGAAAGGCGCCUUAUCUUAUUGCUGGCAAGCCUGUAGAUCUGGACCUGGCUAGCUUGAGUUCGUCUUCAAAUACGUCACUAGCCAGCAUUAGGCAUCCAUCCCGUGCAGUGUGUGGCAAAGCUGGCCUGCGUAAUCUAGGCAACACAUGCUAUGUCAACUCCGUGCUACAAGCAUUCUUUAUGAACUCUGGAUUCCGCGAGUCCGUGCUCUUGUGUACUCCUUGUCCGGAGGAUGGCAGCAAGUCCUUGAUUGGUGCUUUGCAGCGUGUAAUGGCCUACCUUCUGCUCACUAAGCGGCAAGCCUACUCUCCGAAGGAGUUCUUGGAGAUAGCGCGACCCAGUCACUUUCUCCCUGGAACACAACAGGAUUGUGCUGAGUUCUGUCGACAUGUGCUAGAUCUAAUCAACACACAGCUCUCCAAGCAGCAACAGCAGUUGCGACAGGCAGAGACGUCUUCAACUGGAUCAAGUGAGCAGGGUUGCCAGAGAGAGAAUCCCUGUGUAAGUGCUCGUAGAAGUGGUGAUGGAUGCAGUUCAAUAGUUGACACAAAGCCAGGUCAGCAGUCGAGCCGUCCAGACAACUGUGUUCAGCGCCAUUUCCAGCUCAAACUGCAUACAAAGUAUACGUGUUGUGUGUGCACUCACCAAUCAUCUCAAAUUGAGUCAGCUUUUGACUUGAUGCUGGCUUUUCCAAGCUCCACCUCAUCAUCAUGCGGAGCAGCCGUAUCUAGCAGCACUGCAGUCAAACAGGCUGAAGAAGCAGCUACUGUUGCCCAGCAGCCAGCUAACACUGUGCUACCGGCGGCACCGAGGAGCAGCACUGUUGAUGAAGUGUGCACAUUGCCUACUCCACCCAACACUCCUCCUCUGAUUUUAACUGAUUCCAGCACUGCUUCCGAAGUCACCGUGUCUACAUCUAUAGACAUUGGGACUGAUGAUGAAUGCGAAGGACCAACUCAUGCCCAGUGUCAUCAGCAUGAUCAGGGCCGUAGUCAUUGCCACUCUUCCUCUUCAGACAUGGAUUGUGAGAGUCUUGACAUAGCUGCACAUACCCCUACCAGCAGUACGGAUGUGGACACAUCUGCUGCCGCUGAUGCCACCACUGUUUCUACUGCUACUAGUGCUACCACUGCUACUAGUGCAAAGGGAGAGUGCAUUGUCGGUGGGAAGGUUGGGAAGGUUCAGGAUGGUCAUUCUACAUGCCGGGAACAGUCUGAGAAGUUUGCAAGAAGCACAGGAGGAGUAGCUGCGGCAGCGGUACAAGAUGAUGCAUGUCCAACACAUUCUCCCGAGCAUGUAGUAGUGGCAACUGGUAUACGUGGUGGAGAGCGACCUGCUUCAAUUGAAUCUUCUUCUAUGCCAUCGCGUCCAACUACUCUAGCAUCUCCAGCAACAGCAGCAGUUGAUGGUGGUGCUUGUGGGGACACUAUUGCUAAGCCUAAGGGUUUGAUUCCUAGCCUACCUGUAUCCUCGGAAAAAGCUGAGAAUCUCAACGAUAUGUUGCAAGACUUCUUGUCUGUGGAGGCUCUAGACGGUGAGAAUGCUUAUGAGUGUAGUAAAUGUGGACAGCGACAGCGUGGUCAACGCCAGGUCAACAUUGUUCAGGCACCUGAUCAGCUGCUCAUUACGCUAAUGAGAUUUCAUUUUGAUCGCUCUACACAGCAGAGAAGUAAGAUUCUAACGAAAGUCGACUAUCCCCAAAUCUUACAUAUCCCCUGUUCACCAUCGAGUCAUUCAUCUUCUACACUUGCAACAUGUGCAAAUAGUUGUGCCGGUAGCAGUGGAGACCGUGGUGAUAGUUCCGGUGACAGCAUUGGCGAGGAGGAGAUGAGUGAUGAAGAGAUUGCUUGUGCCUCACCUCCAUCCCUUUCAAGAUGUUGCCAGGACACACAGCAGCAACAGCAGGAGCGCAAGCAGCAUGUACUUUGCUAUGAGCUUAGUGCUGUUGUAGUACAUGCUGGAGGUAGUACUGAGCAUGGCCACUACUAUACACUGGCGUGUGAAACACCUAUGCCAGACUCCAAUGCAUUGCCAGCUGCUGAUGUGUGUGCUCAUGUACCAUCGUCUAACCAACCUGCUGUGGAUACUCCCAUGGAUACCAGCUGCCCAUCGAUGCCUAAUGUGCCAUCCGCACAUGCACCUACUAAAUCUGCUCCUGAAUCGAGAGGCGCUAGCGUACAGCAGCAGCAGCAGCAGAAGCCAUCAGCUAAUGCUACGAAUGGCUUCGCAAAACCAUGGUAUCGCCUGAAUGACUCCAACAUUCAGUUUUCCUCACUGAAGGCUGCACUGGAUGUAGGCCGCAGUACUUUUGAUACUGCAUACAUGUUAGUGUAUAACCAAUGCGGCUGCCGUCACAGCAACAAGACCAACAACUAUGCAGGGCCAGCUGGUGUUAGCACCAGUACACCUGGUGAUUCUUGUGUAGAUGUGUCAGUGCCUGCUUCUGUUGCACCUUCACCAUUAAUCUCAGCAGCAGCAGCAGCAUCAUCGGCAGUAGCACCAGGAAAGCCACUACCAUCACCAGCAGUAACAUCAAGAGGACCAUCACGGCUAACGGCACUGGCAGCAGCAGCAGUACCACCUUCAUCAUCACCACCGCCACCUUCAUCAACACCACCAGCACCUCCACCACCAGCACCUCCAGCAGCAGCAGCAGCAGCAGCAGCAGCAGCGACCACAGCGACUGUACCUGCUGUGCAGGAUCUAGCCAACUGGCUGAAAACACGGUCAUCCGAAGAGCAGAAGCAACGCUCGCUAGUUCCAGCACGUCUAGCAAAGGAGGUGGAGAAUGACAAUCUUCUAUUUGAAAAGGAGAAAUCAUCCACAGUUGUGUAUGGACCUGCUCCAGCACCACCUGGAUACAAACCACCGCCACCACCACCGCCUCUGGGAGGUGGAUGUGGAGGUGGAUUUUCUGGACCAACAAGUCGUUUGGUGAUGUAGCUCUCUCUGUAAGGCGGUUUGUUGCCUGCGUUUGUGUCAGUUGAAACCUUGAUGCAUGCACGAUAUCGUGUGUAAAUACAUUGUACAUUUGCUGUACACACAUUCUACAUACCUUUACUUAGAUAGGCUUGCAUUGAAUAGAGAAGGAAUACUGUUGCUGUAUCUAGAACUGAACUUGUUCAUACCUUGCAUGUUCACACAAAAUGGGUUUCCUGUCACAUUGCUCUUACAGAAUUAGGCUGGUGCAUGAUCGGGCUGGACUGGCGCAAACAAACUAACCGUGUUAACUUAGCUCAUGUGGUAUCUUGUCACCACUUUGGCAGUUCUUCACUGUGUGUGUGUAUAGGAUGUGUGUCCGUUUAUAGUUCUUCACUGUGUGUGUGUAUAGGAUGUGUGUCCGUUUGUAGUUCUUCACUGUGUGUGUAUAGGAUGUGUGUCCGUUUGUAUGUUCAGCUCCCAAGUAGCCUACUAGUAUAUCGUGUUCUUCCUGUGCUUUUUUUACAAUAUCAUACCGUUUGCACUGUUUUAUCCGUGAGUAAAUCAGUCAGUCAGAAUUUAUCACCACACUCAUUUUAUGAUUUUAUGCUUGUGUUGUACGUAUAAAUUCGUAUCUUUCUAACACCCUUUCCCUCUCGUACAAGUAGUUCUAUUAUUUCUAUAUACAUGUAAAACUGAUGUGUUUCUAAACAGGUGUUUCGGAGAAAGCAGUUUCAAUAGUGCCAUAAAUAAGACAAUUGAUGAUAAUACCAUGAAGCAACAAUGAAAUGUAAUAUUAUGUAUUAAAAAAAGAUUGUUAUUAACGCAAUGAAUAGAGCUAGCUGCGCACAAACACCGAAAAAGACUACAUGUACUACUAAAACAAGAUUAAUAUACGUUUUUUCCUCAAUGGUCAUCAGUGAAUUUACAUUGAAUAGUGAUUAUGGGAGAACAAUCCAAUAUUAUCUGUGCUCAAUAACUAUUCAAUGGAAAAUUGUAAAUUCACUAUUGACCAUUGAGGAAAAACGUUUUAUGAAUCUUUUUUAAAAAUACAUGUUAACAUUCCAUUGUUGUUUCAUGGUUUUCGUCGGCAUUAAUUGUCUUAUUUAUAGCGCUAUUGAAGUGUUUCUCUCUUGCUUUUCUUGCUGCCGUAAUAUUCCUGCAUUUCAAUGUGCCGCCCACAGUUCCAUCUCCAUGCGUGAUAUUAAACUUUGUUGUGCUGUCUA